AUGGGAUGGUAUGACCAAUAUGCGAGGCUGGACGGCACUCCAAACAUUGAGGACGUUGUCAUCGGUCUAGAGGGCGAGACUAUUGUGGCUGUCGCUUUGACGUACAUCCCCAACACUGGAAUCCCAACCGAGGACGACCUACCGUGGGCCAAGACCAUUGGCGCGGAUGUCGGUGGCGUAACAUGCAUUUGCAUCACAGGUAAGCAGAACCUUCGAAUACUUCGUGUUCCCAACUAA